CAGUCACCGGCUUCAAGCAGGCUCCCGGCAUUUAGCGUUUGAAGGCGGGCAUCGCCAGAAGGUCUAUCUCCGUGUACCAGUGUCCCUGUGUUUCCAGCGCCCGCUCCAGCCACCAUGAUGCAAAUCUGCGACACAUACAACCAAAAGCACUCGCUCUUUAACGCCAUGAAUCGCUUCAUUGGCGCGGUGAACAAUGACCAGACGGUGAUGGUGCCCAGUCUGCUGCGCGACGUACCCCUGUCCGAGCCGGAUCUAGACAACGAGGUCAGCGUGGAGGUAGGCGGCAGUGGCAGCUGCCUGGAGGAGCGCACGACCCCGGCCCCAAGCCCGGGCAGCGCCAAUGGCAGCUUUUUCGCGCCCUCCCGGGACAUGUACAGCCACUACGUGCUGCUCAAGUCCAUCCGCAACGAUAUCGAGUGGGGAGUCCUGCACCAGCCUUCGCCCCCGCCGGCUGGGAGUGAGGAGGGCACCUGGAAGCCCAAGGACAUCCUGGUGGGCCUGAGCCACUUGGAGAGCACCGAUGCCGGCGAGGAAGAUCUGGAGCAGCAGUUCCACUACCACCUGCGCGGGCUGCACACCGUGCUCUCCAAACUCACCCGCAAAGCCAACAUCCUUACCAACAGAUACAAGCAGGAGAUCGGCUUCAGUAAUUGGGGCCACUGAGGCGGGGUUGUCCCCGCUGCCCAGCACCCUCUCGGGUCGGCUCUACCACCCCUCUCUUUCCUCCAAACUAUUUUCUUCCUGGUUGUGGGGCGCGAAGGGCACGCUGUAAAGUUGGGCUGUGUACUUGGUGGGGUUUGUGUGGAGAAGAGGGCCUCAUCGCGAGAGCAGAGGAAAGUAGUCGCCAGAGAGGGGGGUUCAAAGACCCCCGGAGGGGGCCUACUCUGUGUUGGUGGGAAUGGAACUGGGCCGAUGUCCUUCAUUCAGCCUGUGCCUUUCUUGGGGUUUCUUUUCUGUUUUUCUUUCCGGAAGAGAAGGGCCUGAGAAAGGGCCAUGCCAGGGCACAGCGCUGGGUUGCCACACUUGGGAGGGCAGCUUCUAGCUGGGUGCUCGGGGGAGGCGGGGCACAGCCUCCUGCCCGCCCUGCUUUGGGCUGCAAGAGGAGGCCUUGGCGUUGCUAGGAUUGCGUCAGUUUUCCUGUUUGCACUAUUUCUUUUUGUAACAGUGAUCCUGUCUUAAGUAUUGCAGAUCUUUUUUGUUUGAAACUUCGUCGAUUCCAUUGUGAUAAGCGCACAAGCAGCACUGUUGGUAACCGGUACUACUUUAUUAAUGAUUUUCUGUUACACUGUACAGUAGUCCUGUGGCACCCCAUCCCUUUCACACCACCCCUCCCCCACCCCGUGUGUGUAAACUGGUGACGUGCCAGCUAGGAUGAAGCUUGCCACUCGGCCAGCGAAAAUAAUAACAUUAUUGUGAGAAAGUGGAUUUAUCUAAAGUGGAACCAACUGACAUUCUAUCUGUGUUGUACGUAGAAUGAUGAAGGGCUCCACUGUUGUUAUAUGUCUUGUUUAUUUAAAACUUUUUUUUUAAUCCAGAUGUAGACUAUAUUCUAAAAAAUAAAAGCUCAGAUGUGUUAACCAAACCGGA